AUGACCACCGAAGACCCCUUACUUCAGCAAUUCCAACAAAUACAAGAAAUACAGAAUCAAAUUGAACAUUUGAAUACGCAAAUUGCCAGGUUUCAGCAUAAGAUCAAACAAAAGAGUAUCAAGUUAAAACGUUUAGAAGCAGGGAUUGAGUCGUUAGAUUCAAUAUCAGAAAAUAACACUGUUUAUAAGCAAGUAUCUCAUAUGCUUUUAUCACUUCCCAAAAAAGAAUUGAAGAAUCAGUUAGUAAAAGAUAAGGAAUCUUUUGAGGAUUUGCCCAAAUUACAAAGCAUCAAAGAUCAGUUGAUCAGCAGAUUGAGUAGUUUAAACGUUCAACUAUUGGAGCUUCAUAAACAAGUACAAAAAUCAGCAAGUGCUAGCAUUAUUACGCCAAAGGGAUAA